CCACCCCCCGCAGGCUGGAACGAGCUGCUCAUCGCCUCCUUCUCCCACCGCUCCAUCGCCGUGAAGGACGGCAUCCUCCUGGCCACCGGGCUGCACGUGCACCGCAACAGCGCCCACAGCGCGGGCGUGGGCGCCAUCUUCGACAGGGUGCUGACGGAGCUGGUGUCCAAGAUGCGGGACAUGCAGAUGGACAAGACGGAGCUGGGCUGCCUGCGCGCCAUCGUCCUCUUCAACCCCGACUCCAAGGGGCUCUCAAACCCAGCCGAGGUGGAGGCGCUUCGCGAGAAGGUCUACGCGUCCCUGGAGGCCUACUGCAAACAGAAGUACCCCGAGCAGCCAGGGAGGUUCGCGAAGCUGCUGCUGCGCCUGCCCGCCCUGCGCUCCAUCGGCCUCAAGUGCCUGGAGCACCUCUUCUUCUUCAAGCUCAUCGGGGACACGCCCAUCGACACCUUCCUCAUGGAGAUGCUGGAGGCCCCGCACCAGAUGACUUAGGCCCGCUGGUCCCGGCCCGCCCCGCCCUCCUCUGCCCGCCUGGACCUGGGGGCGUGGCCCGCCACUGCUGAGCCUGUGCUGCCGGCCGCCCUCCCCGUUUUCCACGACUCGUCUGGACCCAGCAGCGGGCAUCCCGGGGCGGCCGCCAGAGCGGCAGGAGCCGGUGUGAGCCCUGGGGUUGGGGGGAACCCGGACGGGCUCACGGGGUACACGCCGCUAUCCCCGGAGCCGCAGCGUUCAGAGGGUGGCAGGACUCCGUCACGUUCUGUGGUCGCUGGGUUUGGAAAUCUCCCGUGGGAGGUCCUCUGUUUGCAAGGAUUUCUCUGCCUCCUGUGUUGGCUGGCGCCCUGCCCGCCCAGCUUCACCCACGAUUGGGAGGAGGGGACAGGUUGGGGGGCGCUGCCAAAGACCCCGACCCACCUCCCAGGAGGAUGGGAGGGGCUCUGGUCCCUCAGAGUGAAGGGUGAGCAACCCCUUUUUCCAAAGAUGACUUUCAACCUGCUCCCCAAGCCAGUCAGAUUGGGAGCCGACCUCUGUGCUGGGUUUGGGGGUCGCCUAAGGCUGCAGGGACACCCGUGCACCCCAUCCCACCUGUGUGCUCUCUUUGCGUUGUCCUGGUUCCAGCUCCUGGUCCCACGGGGUCCUAUCCAGGCCGCCCCCAAACCUUCCAGCUUGUGCAGAGGGCUGAGGCUGGCCCCCAAUCCUGCAGGGCGCACCCGAUCUCUAGUGGACCGGAGGUCUGCUGCCCACCCAGGAGGCCCACGGGGAUGGGAGGGGAGGAGAGUCCUCGGUCGGCUGCGCACGCUGAGGGAGGCCAGCAGGGUCCAGAGCUGGAGGGGCCUGUGGGCACGCCGCUGUGGGGAGCGGACAGCUGGCCGGGGCCUGCGGCACUGUGGGCCGCUCUGCUUGGCUGGCGGGCAUCUCGUGGGCCCCUGGGGUGGGGAGCGGCCGAGCGCCAGCACCCUGGGGUCGGGUGGGGCUCCCAGAGACAGGCUGUCCUGUGUCCGUCUGCACCCGCUCUGGUUGGGGGCCCGGCCGGCCAGGCAGGCCCAGCCUCCUGGGCUGGCUCUCUCAGGGUGAAGGCCUCGGCACCAUCGCACUCUCCCUCCGGUCCGUUUUUCCAUCUCACACCCGAAACCCAGCGUUUGUCGGCUGAGGGGCCCGGAACUGCCAGCGGCCCCGGAGCAGGAGUGGGGGUCGGCGUUGUGGGUGCUCCCCCAAGCCUUUCUACCCCGGGGGGGGGUGUGGGGGUGCCCCCGAGCCUGGGUGAGGACAGGCCAGCCUCCCGGCCUCCGUGGGGAAGAGGGUGUCCGUUCUUUGCCCUCCAGGGUCCAGCCCAGGCUGAGCGAGAGGCGCCUGGGCUGACCGUGUGGAGGACCCCACAGACGUCUCCUUGCUCUGGGGCCCCCAUUCCCGCCCCCAGGAGACGUGUCCCCGGCCGCCCCAGCACCCGCCCCACCCGCCCUCUGCAGCAGAGGUGGGGCGAGCCGGGGCCUGCCCAGCACCCCUGGAAGUCUCGGCCGCCUUGGGGGUGUGGUAGUGUCAGCAGAGUGACGCAGGCACCCCGGUGGUCCUCCCCCUGGGGUCCCCCCGGUGGUGGGUUUGUAAGGCUGCCCCUCACCCCGCACCCAGUGCCUUCUGCAGCUGGACACACCCCGUCCACGCCCCGCCCGCCCCGCUGCCCUGGACCACUCUGGAGCCCAGGAGAGGGCCCUGUGGGGGCUGGCCUGGGGGCCCCCCUGCCGCCCCGCCCGAAGCCCCCGGCACCCCCUCCCCCGGCCUCCUGCCUCGCCCCGCACCGGGCCCCCGGUGUCUUGGGGACAAGUCCCCCGUCUUCUCCUCGGGCACUGUCCUCGUAGCAUCCUUGCUGUGUUUGAAAAGGUGGGGAAAUGGCACGUUAUUCGGUAGAUAGACGUUUUCUUUAACCAGACCUUCAGUAGACCGAUCUGGUUCAAUUAAGGUGAUUUUUUUUGGUAAUUAUUAUUUUGGUGGGACAGUCUUUAAUUUUCUAAAGAUAGCACUAACGUCAGCUUGUUGGCCAUCCUGUGCCAUCCCCACUUGCUGGAUGCUUCCGGCAGGCACCCCCCCACCCCAGCAUCACCUCCCGCUCAGUCAUCAGGCGGGGCAGCCGCGGCCGAGGAGCAAAGACGACUGUGUCUCAGGUUCGGAAGGUGUCGGCCAGGCCAGCCUCUGGCUUGUCCCCCACUGGGCGAUUCCUUGGAAGCUGGCCCACCCGGGGACGUCUGUGCAGAGGGCACUCGCGUCAGCUGCUGGCCCUCAUCCCCCCGGGGGAGGAUGGCCCCCCACCCUGGGCGUCCCAGGAGGGUUUGGGCUGGCAGACCCCCCGGGCCAAGUGCUGGAGACCACGCCGCACUCCCUGCUCCGCGGAGGCCCUGGUUGGGCCCAGCCGGAACGUCCAGCUGGAGCGUGACGGGCUGACGUUGCUCCCACCGUGGGAUUUGGUCCCUGCCCACGCAGGUGUGUGUGGGCAACACCCGUGCUGUAGAGACCCCGCGUGCACAGACCUGCUCGCCGUCCACAGACACACAGACCAGUUACCAGCGUUUUCUGUUUAUUUUUAAUCAAGACUCCCCCUCGACCCCAUUUUCCUAUAAAUUUGCUUGUUGUAAGCAAGUAUGUAAGGACCCCUUCUUUGGUGAAAUCCGGGUUCGAAUGAAUACCCUGAGGCAAGAGACGCAUCUAUUUUAAGAUGCUUUGGAGCAAACAGCUUUAGCCGUUGCCAGUCCUUAGCGAUGCCUUAGCCGGGACGGGUAGCUCACAGAGAGGAUGACAUAGAAACAGAGGAGACGUCUAAAGCGUCAGGAAAGGUAGAAAAAAAAAAUCUAUUUUUGUACAAAUGUAAUUUUAUCCCUCACGUAUAACUUGGAGGGCAUGGCGGGGUGGGGGGCUUGUUUUGUUUCUGCUUCUAGAGGUGAAGGCUCUCUGAGUCGACGUCGGGACGCCGGACGGGCGCGCGGGCCUCGGACGACACUGCUGCGGGCGAGAAGGUGGGCCUGGAAUUCUCGAGGGUUUUCCUCCCCUUCCGAGUAACGUUCACGCCUCGCUCUGCGCUCUCCCCGUGGCCAGCUGGCCUUCCCGGGACUGACUGUGAAAUUACUUCCCCCCACGUGACUGUUCUCAAAAGCAUCGCGGCCGCAGGUGCCGGGCGAACAAUGGUGUCAGAAUUGUGGAAAAGAGACUCGGAGCAAAACGGGAGAGGAGAAGCAAAACAUGAGCGUUUGAAAACA